GACGGUUAUGCAAACAAUUCAAAAUGUUUCCUUUGCAUUUUAAAAGGAGGUGCUGUGUGCGCGUUAUCAACAAAGAAAAGUCAAACAAUCUAACACCAAAAAUGAUCGAUGUUUACUGCAGUGUUUACAUUCAACAGAGGGCCAGGAUGUGUUGAGAUAUAACCUUCAUGCCUCUGUCAGUUCAUUCUAACUGAGUUUCGAACCUUUUGACUAUGUUUGGUGCAAACUGAAAAAGGCAAAUAUAGCUGGCCUGACUGUGUAGGAACAUCUGGAGCUAUUAAAAGAGAAUCCGAAGAGCAAAAUAGAAACGCGAGUUCCUUCCCUUUGUUUGUCUGCUGUGAGCUCGUCUUUGCAGAGGCAGAAGAAGAAAAUGGCCGCUGAGAGAAGGAGUGAAAGACGAAAAGCAGCUCCCCUCCAGCAGGAGUCCAUGAAGAAAUGCAAUAAAUUCCUUGUUGUUUUAUGAAAAUUUACAACUUUGUGAUACAAGUUUAUGAGUGGCCGUGCAUAGGGAUUGGACGGCGAGCUGGUCAUGUGGACGCGCUUAACGUGAACAUGAACUUUUUAUGAUUUCCCAAGUGGCUAUAAUGCUGCAGCGCUGCUCUCCGGCCCGAACAGCCGCCCUCUCCUUCCCUGCUUCGGCCGAACCUCGCAAGCAACCGAGCCGAACCUCGUCCAGCGGACAAAUAAAACUAAGCUUAUAUCGAACCGAAGUGCUUAUUAACAACAGUGAUCGUGACUGCAGAGAAGAGAGGAGCAGAGACUGACAACAAUCCGCCUUCCUCCUCCUCCACCCGCUCCUCUUCCUCCAUGGCUCCGCUUUCCGGCGACUCUGGACUGACGGUCAGAAGAGAGGACAGCAGAGUCCAUCCCUGGAGACACAAUACCGGAGACUGAAUCUGUUUUUGUUUUUGUUUUUUGCUUAUUUGUUUGUUUGUUUGUUUGUUUGUUUGUUUGUUUGAAUUUGACAUUACGCUUGAUGAUUAACAGUAGAAUAGGGGCGAUGAUAGUAGAAGACAGGAGUGUUUUCAUGUCUCGACGUCUCCUCGGUGACAUCAGAGGAUCUGCUAAUCCACCUCUCCCUCGCCUUCACCUCCGCUUCCUCACAGACCGGGUAAGAUGCUGCCUCCUGUCCUUCCAGCAAGCCGCCGCGGGGAGCUGCAGGGCGCUACCCGAAUGGCCCCGACUAUCAGCUGCUAAAUUAUGGAGCCAGCAACGGCGCAAUGAACAGCGGGACGUACAGGGACUCCUCCUCUGCCACAAUGCACCAUGCGACUGGCUCUUAUGGCUACAGCUACAAUGGCAUGGAUCUGACCGUAACCAGCCGAGGAGGGGGGGGCAGCAGAGCCGCAAACACCGGAGGACACUUCGGUGGAGGCUCGGCGGUCGAGGACUCCAGGGGCUUCGGCUUCAGACAGCCGGUCAGUUGCUCGCUUGCUCCCCCGGGAAAUUCUCUCUUGGCAGGCGGUCGUGAGAACAGCAAACUGGGCACACAGAGAUCGUCUCCCCCCUCAGAGCAACCAGGAAGCAGCAACCUCAGCUCUCCAAACCUGUGUUCACCCACGAUGGCCGGCGGCGCGGCGCGGCGCUUCACAGAGAUUGAAGACGCUUCACCAGACAGCGAGGACCUGCUCCUUCCUCGGGAAGCCAGUCACGGCAGUAAUCCACGGCCCAAAACCGGGCACUCGCAAGCUGUUCAGAAACAGGAAGGCAGCCCGGCGGGAUCAGCUGCUGGCAGUAUGGGCAGCGACGCGCAGACACCCCAGAUUUUUCCUUGGAUGAGAAAACUGCACAUUAGCCAUGAUAUGACGGGCCCGGACGGGAAACGGGCGCGGACAGCGUACACCCGCUAUCAGACUCUGGAACUGGAGAAGGAAUUCCACUUCAACCGGUACCUAACGCGGCGGCGGCGCAUCGAGAUUGCUCACGCACUCUGCCUCACAGAACGACAGAUCAAGAUCUGGUUUCAGAACCGGAGGAUGAAGUGGAAGAAGGAUAACAAGCUGAAAAGCAUGACUUUGGCCGCGGCUGGCAGCGCCUUCCAACCGUAGGAGUAAAAUCCCUUUCAAAGAACCUGGUCGUUCAGCUCGAUGACUUGUUAUCUAAAACUGGAGGGAGGGAGGCAAACAGGACAGACAGCGCAAAGAAAUAAUAAAAA